AUGUCCCUCAAUUCGCAGCUCAGUUCCUACCGUCAUCAUCAUCUGAAUACUGCAAAGAAGGGCUUUUCGAACAAGACUGCCUUCAUUGGUAGCUACCCUCGCCCAACCACAACCCAAGUCGCACAGACCAAGAGUUUUUCCUGGAAAACUAUACCGUUCAUCGACAGUUUCGUGGCGGCUUCUGUUUCGACGGUAGCAGGCACGCAAUCUCCUCCAGAAGACACCAAGACCCCCUUCAAAAAUGUUGUGUCCCCUCCGAAAAUUCCGGGUGGUUGGUACCCACCAGACGUUGAUCAACUACGAUGGUGUUAUGAGCGAUUUCCAAAUGAAGAGUAUGGACUACAUCCAGCUGCAGCGAUCUUGGUCUGUAAAGAUCGCAACGAAUGGGUCAUAGAGUGCGGUAGCUGGCAAUUCUAUUACUGGAACGAUGAUACAAAUCAUAUCUGGCAAAUCAAGACCCCUCAAGAAUUGCCAGAUAUUAUUCGGAAGCUAGACGAAGCUUCCCGUUAUAAACCUAGCGCCGCUAAAGACCUCGAAGUUUUCCUUGUAACGUGUCCUGAUGAUCCCAACACUGAAUUCGAGAAAGACCUUGGCCCGAAGUGGCGUGCUAUUUUCCACCGUCCGGGCUUGGUCGACCAGAUCGAGGAGGCGUUACGUGAGGCUCGGUACCAAAGCGCUCAUAAAUCAGAAGCAGAAGAAGACCAAAAGAAGCAGACUCCGCGUCGUGUGGGCCACUACAUAAUGGGACUGCAAAGUUAUGAUGACCGCCUCGCGAAAGCGAUCGAAGGACCAUCAAGGUAUUGA